AUGUCUCAAUUUCAGCCCCCGUCCGCCUCGUUCAUGCGGGGCACGACACCUCGCGCUGAAGAAUCAAUGGGCAGUCGCACGCCGCGUCGGCGACGAGAUCGCGGUGGCCUCAUAAAGCUCAAGAAGGGCGACGACGGCAAGAAGAGCUUGCUGGAGGCCAUUUUCUCUAAGAAGAAAACUCCUACUAGCAGCAGCGGACCGCCUUCCAGCUCCCCGAGCGCCAACCGACGGCCACCCGCCCCCAAUCCAGCUGCGGUGGCCCGCGGUGUCGAGAUUCUACAUUCAAUGUUCCCCAAGUGGGAAGAGGAGACGCUGCAGGUCGUGCUGGAGGCUUAUGCGUUUAUUAUGGAGGAUACAAUUACGGCUGUGCUUAACAUGGAGAAAGCAGAGGACACGACAAAAGGGAGCGGGGAGGUAUCCAGGGAUACUGCUGACCGCACUAAUUGGCCCGUUAAAAACCCAUUACCCGAUGACUUUCUGAGGUUGCCAGACGAUGAUGGAAGCGAAGAGGUGAAGUAUGCACCAUCGGAGGAAGGUCUUGCUGAAGAGGACGAAGAGGAGUGUGAAGAAAGUGAGAAGGAGGAUGAAAGGGAUGCUGAAGACAAAACUGAAUUAUCUGUGAAGUUUGACGCUGGAGAGGAGAACCGAUCGGAUAGAUCGAAUAGCACAUUAGCGGAGGAUGAUGGCACGCUGUUCGGGAAGGAAUUUGACGAUGAUACUGCGUCUACCGACGAGGUGAUUACCCCCGUGCUCGAUUACGCAGCUAUACUUGCCAAGCAGAAGAUGGUGGAUGACUCGAUGAACCAGAAGUUCCUCCCAGUGGAACUUCGCCAUGAGCGAUCGAGUAUUUUCGACAUUGCGCACAUUGAUGUCAUAAAGAAGUGCAAGUUGGAUUUGUCGGAAGCUGAAAAGCGCAUUCGCCAUCGGGAGCCGCAUCUGGUGUUUGAGUUGCUGUCGAAAGCUAGCGAAAUCUACCGCAGCGGUGUCAUCUCGAGCCAGGAGCUCGACUAUCUGCGUUCUAUGAUCUUAUGCAGGAUCCAGCCUACCAAAAUGUUGAUGGACAUGACAAUGAAUAAGAAUGGCAUGAUCUCUGAUCACGAAUGGCAUCUGCUCAUCUUAAAGGCGAAAGGAAUUCGUCAUGCGCUGUGCAUCCGAAUCUUCCGUGAAGAAAGCAAACCUGCCCGAAACAGUGGUCACAUGGAAUAUAUCGUGCGUGUUGUGGAUGUGGAAAGUGGCGUCGUUUGGUUUACGCGGAAACGCUUCCGUGAACUGUAUAAGCUUCACCGCAAAUUGAGCCGUCUAUCCGGGCAGGUGAAUGAGUGCGUGUUCCCGACUCGCCGUGGCCACGGCAGAAACUCGCCGAAUCAGCUUGCCUACGACCGAGCACCUGUCCUGGAGAACUUUUUGCGUACCACCGCAGCACUUGUGGCUCCGUCGCCACUCACAUUUUUACAUGGUGUCGCCCUCAAGCAACUCCAACAGUUUUGA